CCCCAAGUGCUCGCCGCGGAUUAGGCCCGCAAUCAAAAAUGAUAUUGGCUGAUCGGUGCCAUCCCGGCCCUAUAUGCGACCGACUUAAGCAGAGGCACCGUACCGAUGCCGGCAACAUGUACCCUUUCGUACCCUACGAACCGCCCUGCCGCCAUACCGCCUGGAGGCCCGCUGCUCCACGACCAGGAAACCCGUCUGCGUCCUGAUUGGCGUCCAGCGCCCACUUCUCUGUGCGUCUGCCAGCAAAACGGCCGGCUGAUGGCACGGGGCCCUCCUGUCUCCACCCACCGCCGCCGACCAGUGUACCGUCCUGUUAC